AUGUUCACAUUAUUUAAAAAGGAAGAAAACUUUCAAGAAGAAAAUUGUUUUGCAGCCUUUGAUGAAUACAUAAGGCAUAAUGCUCAGUCUGGAACAAUGUCGAAUGGUGAUUGGAGAAUGGCAUUUUGUAAUUUUGAAAAAUGCAUUCUUCCUUUCAUUAUUCAAGCUCCAGAAAAUGCAGAAUUAAUAUUGUUACUCUGGAGAGACAUUGUGAGAUAUCUAUAUACGAAAAAAACUCAUACAUUAACGGAGAACCAAGAGUUUUGUGUGAAAGUUUUUGUGUUUGGUUGUCUUGCUGUCAAUCGUUGGGGUAAAAAUAUUGCUGGAUUACACUUUCAUGAACUUUGGAUUCAUAUAAAAAAAGCAGUUCUUGAAAUAAUUAGAAAGACUGUUCUUGGUGAUGUUGUGAGAGAGAGUUUUCAAAACACCUCUAGCACACACAAGUCACAAAUUGAAAAGCUUUUGAAAGAUGUUCCCUUAAUUCCAAGCGUCAUCCCAAAGGCCUUAUUAACACAUCAACAAUAUUCACAAUGGGUUCCCUUGUUUGAAGCUACUAUUUUAAAGUCCAAUUAUUCCUCUUUCCAAAAAUUUGAGUUCAAUGGUCAUAUUAUUCAUACACAAGGAGCUGCUGUCACUGAAAAAUUAGAAAAAUUAUUUGAGAAAUGUAUUUUGUUGAAACCUACAACACUAAAAGGAAAGAGCAAAUGUCCUAAUUGUAAAUCCACAGAACAUAUUUCUGAAGAAUGUGUUAUUGGUUGUUGUAGUAACUGUUGUGAAGAAGCAAGUUGUGCUUUUCACAUCAAACAAAAGAAGAAAAGUCUGGAACGACUCAACAAGCAAGCAGAAAAACUCAAUUCCGUUAUUAAUUCCAGUCAGUCUCAAACUCAAGCAAAUGCAACACAAGAUGUAUCCACUCCAUCACAAUCACUUCCUCCAACACAAUUAGCACAAGUAAUGAAUCCUCCGAUUAUUGAACAGAAGAAAACAUGUGCCAAUCCUGGUUGCCAUCUGGUGAAAGUGUCAGGUAAAUGUAAAUACAAAAUGUGUAAAAAGUGUUGCGAUAAGUGUAAUGUUGAUUGUAUUUAUCAUAUCAAGCAAGGGAAGAGUAAACCUAUUGCUGGCACUUCAUCCGAGAAGCAAAUGUAG